AUGGCGACGCACACCGAUUUUACGGCUUCAGUUUCCAUCAUCUUCAGCAUCCUGUCCAUUCUGGUUACCAUGAUCACCAUCCCCAUGAUAUUCCAGAAGGGCUCUAGGAUACAAGAUAACCUGGAAGAGAGAGUCAUGCACUUCAAGGUGGCAAGCGAUGAAGCAUGGACAGAGCUGUCGCUUCUGCAACGAGACACGGCUCCUUUCAAAGUCAGGAAGGCGAGGCAAGUGGAUAUGGGCUUGUGUGAAUGCUACGACGACAACCCGUGUCCUCCUGGACCUCCAGGACCACGAGGUGAGCCAGGCAGGGACGGACCGCCCGGAAAGCGUGGCGCGAAAGGCGAGAAAGGACGACCAGGAACUGUGCCAAAGAUUGUGCCUAAACCAGCUGAAUCAUGUCGCGUGUGCCCACCAGGACCCAAAGGUCCACCCGGUAACAAGGGUGCUCGAGGACCACAAGGUCCAAAGGGACCAGUUGGACCACCUGGCCCUGAUGGCAAGACCGGACUUACAGGUCCUCCAGGCCCGGCUGGCAUUGCAGGAAAAACUGGCCCACGUGGCAGACAGGGUCCUAAAGGUGAACCAGGAAGAGACGGAAUUAAGGGAUCUAAAGGUCCGCAAGGCCCGCCAGGUCCACCUGGACCAGUUGGACAAAAAGGCCCUACUGGAUCUUCUGGAAAGCCAGGAAAGAACGGACCAAUGGGAGAACCCGGUCCGCAAGGUCCCCCAGGCCCGCCCGGCGAAGAUGGCUCUCCUGGAGUCGAAGGACCACAAGGUCCACCUGGUGGUCCAGGCAAGGAUGCCCAAUACUGCCCGUGUCCGAAACGUACGUUCCGAAAGCAGAAGCAGUAA